UUCAAUGGAUGCAUUUGCUCUCAGGAAUCUUUCAUAGCACAUUAUGUCCACCCCGCUGAGGUGAUGUUUGGCCAAGAAAAAGCAGAACUCUUAUGAAAGUGAGAACACGUGGUUCUGUAGCCAAACUAGUCGUUCUUAUAAAAUACAUCUUUUAGUCUAAAUAGUGUUUUUCCUUGUGCUAUUCUGCGUAUUCUUGAUAGUGUUUCCAGUCUAACUUAAUCAGGUGUCACUAAGCAGCUUUGUCACGUGUCCACAAGACUGCAGUUGGCACGCAGCGUCUUCUCCCAUGUAAUGUUAAUGAUUUACGUUUACAACUGUGGGACAGUAAUAGGCAGUGAUGCACUAGCCAAAGGUCUCAUCUAUUACAUAUCGUCCUCUUAUUUGAAGAACAACACUUGUGGGAAUUGGGUUGAGGAAAGACUGGACACGACAGACAUAGGAAAAAUGGGGAAAACUGUAUUCCUCCUUUUUGGCUUCAUUGCUUCCUUUUACUGUCAGUUUGUGCCUGUCAUUGACAUGUCAAUGCAAAAAGUGCAAGAAGAUAUUCCAGUAGGUGAAUUUGCAUUCCAAAUCAUAGCAUAUGAUCUAGACAAUGACCCUUUACAAUAUUACAUCCAGGGAUCAAAUGCUAUUUAUUUUGAUGUCAACAAACAGAAUGGUGAAGUCAGAAUCAAGAACCAGUUGGACAGAGAGACAAAUGAGCUCUUUCCUGUAGUGAUUGCAGUAAAUGAUGGUGUUCAUCCCUCAAAUGUGACAAAAAGUGUUUACAUUGCUGUCGAUGAUGCUAAUGACAAUGCACCAAUAUUCCUUAAUAUUCCCUACAACAGGGAAGUUCCAGAGAAUACACCUGUGGGCACAACUAUUUUUACAGCAACGGCAACAGAUGCUGAUUUGCCCCCCGCUUCUACUGUGACCUAUAAAAUCGAUGAAGUCGUACCAAAUGAUGGGUAUGAAUUAUUUUCCAUCUCUGGACCUAAUGGACACGUUGUUCUUGAGGGACCUUUGAACUUUACUGAAAAAAGUCCUUUCUAUCAGAUACGAGUCAAUGCAACGGAUGGUGGUGGGCUGUUGGGUGGUGUAAUAGUGAAUCAGUCAACUGAGGUGACUGCGUUCAUCACAAUUAAAGAUGUGCCAGACAUGGACCCACAGUUUUUGAAUUUACCUAACAUGGUCACCAUUUAUGAAAACUCUCCUGUGGAUACAUCAGUCUUUACCGUGAAAGCCAGAGAUCCGGAUACGGGAAUCAAUGACCCCAUCCGAUACAGCAUUGAACCUACUAAUCCACCAGACCUAUUCCAGAUCAUAGAGAAGGACGGUAAAAUAACAGUUCAAUCUGAAUUUGACCGUGAGGCUUUGCUGGAUAUCGUUGGAUCUGCUGUUGUCGAAUUGAAAAUAAAGGCAAGUGAGACAAACCCUAAUGUGAAUGGAGUCAUUGCCAGCACGGUACAAACUCUGCAGAUCACUAUCGGAGAUGUGAAUGACAACGGACCAGAUUUUUAUGAAUGUGAAGGAGAUACAUGCACAAAGAAAAACAGUUUCACAGGAAACGUUGAUGAACAUUCAUCUGUAGGAGUGGCUGUCGCUGCUCUGAACAUUAGAGUCAAAGAUCCAGACCAGGGUGAAAACAGUAAAUUCGUGCUCCAUCUCGACGGACCAGAUAAGGAUGCCUUCUCUGUAACUCCCAGCUCCGGGGUGGGAGACAGUAGUGUACAAGUGACGAUAAAAGAUUCAAACACCGUUGAUUUCGAGAUCAAGAGGACAAUGUCUGUGCAGAUAAUUGCUAAAGAUGCCAAUGCGGACUUAACCGUUUCAGCUUCUGUCACUAUUAACAUCAACGACAUGAACGACAACAUCCCUGAAUUUGAGAAGGAAUUUUACAUCUUCUCUGUUGAUGAACACUGUAAAAAUGGCACUAUUGUGGAUACUAUUACAGCAACCGAUGCAGAUGAAUUGGAUGACGGCAAGAUCACUUACAAACUGGUGCCGAACAGCAUCCUGACGCGGUUUGACGUCUUUGAGAACAAUGGAACUAUCUACGUUAAAAAUGGAGAGCUUCUUGAUCGGGAAGGCACCAGUUCCUACACGGCAACCCUGCAGGCCAUCGAUUCAGUAGGAAAGAUUGGUACCACUGUUUUGGAAAUCAACCUUCGUGAUAUAAAUGAUCAGACACCUGUGAUGAACAGAGAUGUUUAUGACGCUUUUGUACAAGAAGACCAAAAUUUGAAGCUUGUAAUCCAGGCUCGAGAUGGAGAUGAACCAGAAACUCCAAAUAGCAAAAUCCAGUAUCACAUUGAGGACAGUUUGUUCAGUAGCAACUUCACCAUAGGCCUGUAUGAUGGUGUGCUUGAGAACAAUGGUCUAUUGGACCGUGAGGCCAUCGACCCUCAGCUGAAUGGUGUGAUUGAGUUAAAGGUGAUCGCUUUAGACAUGGGCAAGCCGCCCAAGAACUCAUCAGCCAUGGUCUUUAUCAACGUCGGGGACGUCAAUGACAAUUCUCCAGUCUAUUUGCAUUCAACUUACACAUUCAAGGUGAAGGAAAGUGAAGGAGGUAUAUUAGUUGGCUCUGUCCUGGCUCACGACGUUGACCAAACUGACUUUAACAACCGUAUCUUCUUCACCAUCGACAAUUCUUUUGGAAGUUUCAUAAUACUUUCUGAGCCCUAUAGCGAAGGCUACAGAGGAAAUCUGACCGUGGAUCCCGUCUUUGUGCUGGACUAUGAAAGUGGGAUCAAGACCUACCAUCUGAAGGUCGUGGCAUCAGACUUGGGUGAGAAAACGGCUGUGACCACAGUAGAAGUGGUGGUUGAGGAUGUGAACGACACUCCUCCUGUGUUUCAAGCUGGUUUAACACUGAACGUUAAAGAGAACACCAGCUUGCCGGGUCCUCUGGGCACAAUAAAAGGCAGUGAUGUGGACACCGAGCACCUUCUUGAAUACAUGCUUGUUUCUGCUGAAUGCCAUUGCAGUGGCAUCAGAGAGCCAUGUCCGGAGGAAUGGUUUAGUGUUGAGCUUAACGGAAAUGUUGUCGGUAAUUCCGGUUCCACAUCGGUGGUGAUUGACUAUGAGAAAUGUGAUAAGGCGUUCUUGACGGCCAAGGUGGUAGAUGUUAAAACUGAGAAAGGGAAAAACAGCACUGAAGGGGUUGUCACUAUUAAUAUUGAGGAUAUCAAUGACAAUGCCCCAGAGUUCAUCAUAAUGCAGGAAUUCUAUGUUGUGCUUCUUGAAAGAGUUGAGAAGGAUUCAUCUGUCGGCAAAGUUUACGCUUACGACAGAGACACAGGAGAGAACAGAAAAAUUAACUUUAAAGUUAUUAAGGUGGAAUUUGUCAGCAGUGAGGGAACUCUCCCACAAGAUUUGUUUUUAUACACCGACUCUAACGCUCAGGAAGAUCCCGAUGGAAGGUUCUUGGCAGAUAUACGCUCACAGAAACAGAUGGCCUCGGAUCAGAGAGGGAAGUUUAUGGUGGAAGUUCAAGCCUUUAAUCCUGACGGUCUCAGCUCCACUUCUGUGGUUGAACUUCUCACAAUUGACUCAUCCUACAAAGUGAGCCUCAGAUUUAGGUCGCCUGUGUCCGAAGUUAAUGAGAAUUUGCCACAGAUCAGACAGAUUCUGACAUCGGUUACAAGAGCAACAGUUAACAUCUUUAAUGUGGCUAGUGAGACGACAACUCAACGUGCUGAAGAGGUGACUGUUUUGGAGGCGUAUUUCGUGUUCUCAAACGGCUCAGCUCUGGACUACAAUGAAGUGAACAGAAUUCUGAAUUCAGAAGAGGUCUACAUGGAGUAUGGAGUCAUUCUGACUCAGCUUGGAUUCACUGGAAUUUCGACGACCACUGAAGGUCAAAAAGAGGUGAAGACUGAAGUUUUCAUCAUGAUUGGAUUGAUGGCGGCUCUGGCGAUCAUUCUGGUUGUAACAACCACAUCUCUAGUGUGCAUUAGAAGAAACUACAAGAGGAAACUCAAGGCUUGCAAAGCAAUGAACUCCGCGGCUGCGGUGGUGAUAGAGAACCAGAAGAGCGGACCUGUGGUGCCUGGAACCAACAAAUACACCAGAGAAGGAGCAAACCCAGUGCUGAAUAUGAAUAUUGACACAGCCACAGACCUUGGUUUUGAUGAGGAUAGAUCCAGCGCUGAUAGAGACAGCCUUAAUUCCCUGGACUACAACAUUGAUAUGGCCAUGAUAGAGAAGGAUACAAUGCCAAUGAUGAUAAUUGAGGAAGAGGAGGAGGAAGGUAUUGGAUCACCAUACAUUGAGCCUCUGGGUGCUGCUUUGGCCCAGCGGGAGAAAAAGAGAGGAGGCGAGAGUCCCACCGUCACUUUUGAAAACCCCUCUAUGAACACCACUGACCUCUAACAUCCCGCACCUGUCCUCCACUUAUCCGACCUAUUCUCUUUUUUAAUAGUCAUCCCUGGCAUAAAAAAAGAGUUUACAUACUCAGCCUAACCUUAGUACACAGGUUGUGAGACCUUUCGAGUUGCCCCGUGG